CAACGAGGCUUCCCUUCCCCGCCGCAGGCCUCGGGCCUCGCCCCGGGCCCCGGCAGACACGACGACCGUGCAGUCCCGCGCUGCGCCCGCCCCCGAUCCGCUCUGCCCGUUUGCGCGGGAAGAAACCCAUUAAAAAAGGGCAGAGGAGAGGAAACCGCCGCCCCGCCCCGCCCCGCCCGGCCCGCCAAAGCCGGACCCCGCGCCGCCUCGGCGCCUCCUUCCCCUGCAAGCCUCCCCCUCCGUAUCCCUCCAAACCCCCCCAACUGCCCGCCCGCGCACUCAAACCCCCCAAGCCAAACCCCUCGCGCCGUCACGCCCUCCGCGAUGCCCCACCUCCGCUCACGCGCCAGGGCGGCUGCGGCUGCGGCGGCAGCCGCCUUCCCGCCGUCACCGCCGGCGCCGGCCGGCGUCCCGCAGGGCACCCCCGCGCCGUCCCCGUCCACCUCCCUCCGCCUCGGCCUCGGCCCCGCCUCCCCCGACGACGAUGGCUUCGACAUCAAGUCCCCCGCCGCCGCGCCGCCCCGGCGCAGCCUGCGCCUCGCGGGCGCCGCCGCCAGCCCGGCGACCCCCGCCGCGCGGGACGGCGGUUCCUCCGGCUCCGGGCCGGGGUCCGGGUCCGGCGGGAGCGUGAAGGGGACGGGGAGGGCCCGCGCCCGCGCCUCCGCGUCCUCCCCUGCUGCCGCCUCGCCGAUGUCCGGGAACUCCGGGAGCGAUGGAGGAGGGCCGGCGGCGGGCGGCUCCUGCUUCGGCGGCGCGGCGCCGUUCAUAAGCCUGCGGUCGGGGUCCCGGAUCGCAAAGCGGCGGGUGGAGGCCGGCGGGGAGGCGGUGCCCGGGCCGUCGGGCGGAGGCCAGGUGCGCGACGAAAUGCCGCGCCGGGGCGCGGGCGCGCCGACGAAGCGGCGGAGGAGCGUGCUGGUCGGGGGAGUGGAGACGGAGUACGUGGCCGAUUCGGAGAGCGGCUCCGACGGGGAUUGCGUGAUGCUGGGGCAGAGUGGCGUGAGGGUGCUGGGGGCGCAGGUAAACACGGGUCAAAGUGGGGUGGAACCUAAUGCUGUUGCUAUGAGCAUGGAUGGGACUGAAGAUGGAGCAAGGGAUGGUCCUGCCAAGGCAGGCAAUGGGGAGUCUGGUGGGUUGCUUGAGCAGUUAGUGUAUCCUGCAGGAAGUCCUUCGAGUCCUGAAGCAGAAAUGAUUGUGGAUAUGUAUUUCAAGGAAGAGUUGCGCCAAUACAAGCUUAGAAAGGAAGGCAAAGCGAAAGAGAAGCUAGUUUUGGGGAACAACCAUUCUCGUGCUGUGGGCAGUGGAUAUGGAUCCUCUUCCUGCAAAUUAAGUACUGAUAGUAAAGGAAAGGGAAAGAUGGUUGUGGAAGAUAGUUUAUCAUCAUCUCUGAGCUCAAGUGAGGAUGAGUUGGAUUCGGAACAGGUGGAUUCUAAAGAGAUUCAGAGGGACAAUAGUUUAUCAUCUCUGAGCUCAAGUGAGAAUGAGCUGGAUUCGGAACCAGUGGAAGCUAAAGAAGUUCAAAGCAACUCAGGAUCAGUUUCUGCUUCUAUGGAGCCACUUCGCAGGCAAGCAGCAAGAGAGCGAGCUAUCAGGCUGGCCCCUAAGUUUGCAUUCUUCAAAGCAGAUAAAGAUGAACCUAGUCAAGAUGAUGAGGAAGAAGAGUUAGAGCCUGGUUCUGACCCUCAGGACUGGCCAGGUCCAUUUGCAACUGCUGCCAGGAUAUAUGAAGAGAGAGAAGCUAAGUUGAGAGCUCGAGAAUCGAAUUCACUGAAGGUCAACAAGUCUGCUAAUAAGGCCAUCGUUUGGUCGCCUUCAAAGGAUAAGAAAAAUCCAGUACGAGCUCGGGCUGCCCCAUCACUUACAAGCUUAUGCAUAAAUACUCUUGCAGAACAUUCUGAAGGCAUUGAAUCACUUGGAGGUAUCCCAGAGGAGCUAAAACAUAAGCUGUUAAAGAUUCUGUGUCAGUCUAGGAAGAUGAAUACUCAUCUUCUCAACGAACUACUGUGUGAUAGUCCUACAGAACUGCAUCUCAGUGAGUGUUCGUGGCUGAGUGAUGAUGACUUUGAGAAAACUUUUGGGAAAUGCAAAACAGAUAGCUUGCAGGAUCUACAGCUUGAUAUAUCUGGAAGGUGCAUGCCUGAUUACAUAUUGCCAACUACCUUAGCUAAGGCUCCUAACUGCAUGCCAUUGUUGAGAAAAAUAUCUCUGAAGGGAAAUUAUCGUCUUUCUGACAAGGGUUUAGACACAAUCAUCUCUGCUGCACCUUCUCUGAGCUCACUAAAUUUGUGCGAGUGUUCUCUUCUCACUUCAUCUGGAAUCGUUAUUCUUGCUGACAAGUUACAUUCGGUACUUAGAGAACUGUAUAUAGAUGACUGUACAAAUGUGGAUGCUAUGACGAUUCUUCCCGCACUACAGAAGAUUAAUCAUCUAGAGGCUUUGUCAAUGUCUGGAAUACAAUCUGUGUGUGAUAAGUUCGUGAAUGAGCUCCUUAGUAUACAUGGCUUGAAUAUGAAGGAGCUAGCAUUUGCUGGUUGCUCGAAGCUUACCUCGUCUUCCAUCAAGACUAUCGGGCAGAAUUGUCCACAAUUAACUUCCUUAGAUCUCCGCAACUUGAAUAGAUUGCGUGACUCAGCAAUGAGGCAUCUUCGCUAUGGUUGUAGGCUAAUAAGGAAACUGAAGCUUCAAAGAAACACAUUCAGUGAUGAAGCAGUUUCUCGAUAUUUGGAAGAAUCUGGAGGAUGCCUAACUGAGUUAAUGCUUAAUAAUGUUGAGAAGGUUGGAGACCUUACUGCUCUUGCAAUUUCUCGCAAGUGCUCUGUUCGGUUGGAGGCUCUGGAUCUUUCCUUCUGCCGUGAACUGACCAACGAAGCUCUGGGGUUGAUUGUUGACAACUGCCCAUCGUUGAGGAUUCUGAAGCUAUUUGGUUGUACCCAGAUCACGGAUUUGUUCCUUAAGGGUCACUCAAAUACAUCCGUUAAAAUCAUCGGAAUAGAAGGGAGCAUACUGGAGCAAAUGGAUAACCGUUAGUUUGUGUGGAAAAUGACGCUUCAUUGCCCUGACCAUUCUGUUAUCUAGCUUAGGAAUUGAGACAUCAUGGCCUGAAGGUGGCUGCAGUUUCCAGCGGGGAAUAUUUUGCCAACCGACCCUGCUUAAACCAGUUAGAUGCCCUUAAGAAACUAUCUGGAAAUGCUUGAUUUUUCUUCAUUUAGCUUUAAACAGUGGAAAAUCUGCUGCUGCAUUGUGCAGACUAUCGUAUUAGAUGGUUAUGGAUGGAUAUUCAGAUCCUUUUCGUUUUAUAAGUGAAUGAUUAUGAACCGAUCAAUAUAGGGUUGAUCGCCUGAUCUGCAGGAGUGCCAGCGUUCGUCGAUGUUGUGGCCGCGGAACAAAUGGGGUUGAGCGGCUGGAGUGCCUUCAGAUUCCUCAAUGUAGCGGCGGCAGAACAAACAGGGCUGUCGCCUGUCGGCAUGAGACUGGUUUGUCGAUGCCGUCGCGUCGGGCACUUUGCUGUCGAUGUUAAGGGAAAUUUCUGAAGGCCUUAUCCAGUGGUUAAUCGACUCAAUUCUUUUUGGGUGGGGCCGUGGGGGGUAAAAAUCACGGUGGUCACUGGUUUUGACAUAGUUCUUCAGUGAUUAAUUUUGGUUUUCAUGAGCCGAUGGGACCCUAUGAAGAGGAACAAAACAGAAACCU